GGACAAUCAGGAUGGAAGAUAUGCACAGUCUGAGGGGCAGAACCAAAUGGAACAGAGGAGAACCUGGGCAGAAUGGGCACAAGACUUUAAACAGUAUAUAUGGAAUCCAGAGAAAAAGGAAGUAUUAGGAAGAAAUGGGAAAAGCUGGUGUCUUAUUUUGUUAUUUUACCUUUUACUUUAUGCAUUUCUAACUGGGAUGUUUGCUUUAUGUAUAUAUGGAUUGCUUGCAACAAUAAGCCCAUACGUACCAACAUACAGAGAGAGAGUCUUCCCACCAGGUGUAACAAUCAGACCGCAUGUAUCUGGUUUGUCUUACUCCUUUAAUUCUUUGGAAAAAAAUACAUGGACAGCUUAUUCAGAAAGUCUACAAAAGUUUCUCGAAGCCUAUGAUGAUGAAAAGCAAAUAGCGAACAAUGUGGUGUGUACACCAGGACAGUAUUUUAUCCAGGAGGGAGAAGAACAUGAGGAAAAGAAGGCUUGUCAGUUCCGCCGUUCUCUGUUACAGAACUGCUCUGGUAUAGAAGACCCAACAUUUGGCUUUUCCCAAGGGAAGCCAUGUAUCAUACUGAAGAUGAAUCGGAUUGUUGGUUUUAAGGCUGGCUCUGGAACACCGAUAACUGUCACCUGUGACAUUCUAAAAGGCAAUCACAGUCUUAUAGGAGAAGUUGGCUUCUAUCCAGUGAAUUACUUUGAUCUUAUGUAUUUUCCAUUCUAUGGCAAGCUUACCCAUGUAAACUAUACAUCACCUCUAGUCGCCAUUCAUUUCACAGAAGUGGCAAAGAAUACCGACAUCACAGUACAAUGCAAAAUACACGGACAAGACAUUAUUAAUGAUCAUAAGACUGACCGCUUUCUGGGCAGAGUAGUCUUCACUAUGAAUAUCCGAUGA